GGGGUUUCACUGCAGACAGCCCAGCUGUGAGCUGCGGAGCGCUCAUAAGCUGCAGAAGCUCUCUCUGUCCUCCAGAGGCGAUGCUGGAGUUUGCAGAGACGAGCGGACGGCGCUGACGGCUCUAUCAUGCCGUUCACAGGUUUAAAAUAGGGACAAAGUUGUUUUUUUUUUGUUUGUUUUUUUUACAUUUGGCAUUAAACUGCUGGUUUCCGACAACAUGGAGUACUGGAGGCAGUGCGCGACGUGGCUUAUCAGCUGCAAAGUGCUGCCAGCAAACCACCGGGUAACUGCGGACACGGCGCAGGUGUUCGACUUGGCGCAAACCCUGCGGGACGGGGUGCUCCUUUGCCAGCUGCUGAACAACUUGAGACCUCACACCAUCAACCUGAAGGAGAUCAAUCUCAGGCCACAGAUGUCACAGUUCCUGUGUUUGAAGAACAUCCGGACAUUCCUGAUAUCUUGCUGUGAGGUGUUUGGGAUGAAGAAAAGUGACUUAUUUGAAGCCUACGAUCUCUUCGAUGUUCGAGACUUUGGAAAGGUUAUGGACACUCUAUCCAAGCUCUCUUACACAGCAAUUGCACAGCAAGGAGGAUUCAAGCCAUUUCCAACAGAGGAGAGCCUAAAAGACGAGGACAUAUACAAUAAUCUGGAAGACUUGAUUGAUGAGAAUGCCCUCGAGGACGAGGAUGACUUGUAUGCGGCAGUCUACGGGCUGGAAGAAGACUAUGCAGGUGGAGAGAUCUAUGAAGACCUCAUGAGAAUCGAGCAGCUUCCCCCUCUGAAGCAGGCAGAGGUAGAUGUUCGGAGCUGCUGCCUUACAGAGAUCAAACAGACGGAGGAGAAAUACACAGAGACCCUGGAGUCCAUCGAGAAGUAUUUCCUGAAUCCUUUGAAAAAGUUCUUCUCCGCGGCUGAAAUUGACAAAGUUUUUGUCAACAUUCCAGACCUGGUUAAAGUUCACAAGAGCCUGAUGGUUGAAGUUCAGGAUUCCAUCCUAAACAAAAAUGCCUUAAAUCUCUACCAGAUCUUUAUCAUCUACAAAGAGAGACUGCUCAUUUAUGGGAUAUACUGCAGUCGAGUGGAGAUCGCCAUCGCUGUUUUAGACCUCAUUUGCAAAGAGAAAGAGGAUGUUCGCUUGAAGCUGGAGGAAUGUUCCAAGAGGGCCAACAAUGGGAAGUUUACACUGAGGGACCUGCUGGUCGUCCCAAUGCAGAGAGUCCUCAAAUACCACCUUCUUCUUCAGGAGCUAGUCAAACACACUCACGAUGCUGCUGACAAAAGCAACUUGAAGAUCGCUCUUGAUGCCAUGAAAGACCUGGCUCAGUAUGUCAACGAGGUGAAGAGAGAUAACGAGACUCUAAGGGAGAUCGACCAGUACCAGAGGUCUAUCGAAAACUUGAAUCAGCCUCUAAGCAGCUUUGGUCGGCCAAAAGGAGACGGAGAAGUGCGCAUGAUCUCCAGCGUUGACAAGAGGAAACAAGACAGACACAUCUUUUUAUUUGAUGUGGCUGUCAUCGUUUGCAAGAGACGUGGAUACAACUACGAGAUGAAGGACAUACUCGACCUCAACUCCUUCAAGAUCACCAACAACCCCACCUCUGACCGAGAGGGUAAAAAGUGGUGCUAUGGGUUCUACGUGACUCACCAGCAGGGGCACACGGGCUUUGAACUCUUUUUCAAGACCAGAGAGCUGAAGAAGAAAUGGCUGGAUCAGUUUGAAAUGGCCAUAUCAAAUAUCCGGCCAGAGAAGGCCAACCACAACUCCCACCAGUUCAAGAUGCACACUUUUGAAAGGAUCACUUCCUGUAGCUUCUGUCACCUCUUGCUCAGGGGCAUCUUUAACCAGGGUUAUCUGUGUGUAAAAUGUGGGCUUGGGGCCCAUAAGGAGUGCCUGGGCCGACUGGGAGUCUGUGGGAGAACAGAUUCUGCCAAGCCGAGGCCCAAGGAAAGUACAACACCAGCAAACCCAGGUUUACCCAGGAUGGUUGUGAUCAGAGACUACAGUGGCAUCCCUUGUCCCCAGUGUGGGCCCCCACUAAGUAUUCAUGCGGGGGAUGUCAUUGAACUGAUGUUUGCCGACCUGCACAGCUCCUGGUGGCAGGGCAAAAUUCUGGCAACAAGCAAGAUUGGCUUCUUUCCAAGUGAUGCUGUGAGGCCUUGCCCGUGUGUUCCAAAACCUGUUGAUUACUCGGCCCAGCUCUGGUUUGCAGGGCCUAUGGAGAGAUACCAGGCUGAGGUGGAGCUCCUGGACCGAGGAAACAGCACCUAUCUGGUUCGACACAGGAGUAAAGAGUGCACAGAAUACGCUAUCAGUAUAAAGUUCAACGAUAAAGUCAAGCACAUUAAAAUUCUCACCAAGGAUGGCUGCUUUUACAUCGCUGAGAGCCGGCUGUUCAAGACUGUGCUGGACCUAGUGGAGUACUACAAGCACCACUCGUUAAAGGAGGGUUUCAGCAGUCUUGACACCACUCUGCAGGUCCCCUAUAGGGAACUGUCCAAUGGAAACAUGCCUCUGGCCAUUACCAAGGCUGGCAGUGUGUUUUCUCCCAGGGUGGUGGGUAUUGCAGUGGCACGGUAUGACUUCAGCUCCAGAGACACGCGGGAGCUCUCCCUGCUGCAGGGAGACCUUAUCAAGAUCUACACCAAGAUGUCCAACGGGUGGUGGAAGGGAGAGGUCGACGGCAGGGUGGGCUGGUUUCCUUCUACCUAUGUGGAAGAGGAGGACUGAGUUUGCUGGUUGAAUGACGUCCAUUCAGUGUCCACUCAGAGCUGACCACCUCCAGUGAGCGCCGUGCUGCUCUGCCACUCUCUGUGCCCUGCGAGUCAGAUCUCUUUGAUAAAACCCAGAGACUCUGGCUUAAGAGGAAGCGGCAGUGCCCUCAAAAACCUUCUACUGUCCUCUGACAGACUCUCACACAGAGCAGAUGUCAAAUCACAGAUUCCAGGAGCGUCACACCAUAUCUCGCCUCUCUGCGGCCCUGUCUGCCCCUGCGGCCCACUGGGAAGUGUAUGUGCUGUUCCCCGAUAACCCUCCUCCCUUCCCUCCCGCUCACCUUGUCUUAUUAUUGAUGACUCCAUUGGCUGGUGUGAGACUUGCCUUCACUGUCAUCAUGUUUCGAUACCAGAAAGGCUCAGUCACCCAACUGGAACACAGAUCCUGCUGACAGCGCAACGCCCAAGUACGCCGCCACAUUGAAAUGCAGGAGCUGAGGAGCUUUGACUGCUGUUGGAACACUAUAGACUUCUUGGCCAUUUAGACUUUUGUGUUCUCAUUUUAUUUUGAUAAACUCCUAUAAACUUUUUGAAAUUCAAAUGCAGUUGCUCAAGUGUAAUUCGAUACUCUUGAAAAAACAAUGGAACUGAUCUGUCAUUCGCACAUGAGGUCUGCAGUCUUAAUGAGUAUUAGUGGAGCUUGUGGAGCCAGAAGUGAUUUGGUCAUAUUAUGACAGGAAAACACAUCUGGAGACAAUGUAGUUGACAUUAUGGUUGUGGAAGGUGUUGAAAUCCACUGCUGACUAUAUGUCUCCAAGCUUUCAUUCUAUAUUUCUUUUAAACAACAGUUUUUAUUUGAAUCACCACCUCAACUUCAUUAGGCAUUAGAUUGGUAUUGAAAUUUUAAAAUCUCUUUUGUUUCCACCCACAUUUAAAGCAGUUGUUUCACAUUUUUGGAAAUGCACUUAUUCACUUUCUUGCCAAGAGUUAAAUAAGAAGAUCAGUACCACUCUCAUAUCUGCAUAAAGACUGGAAACAAGGGGAAACAGGUACCCCGGCUCUGUCCAAAUGUGACAAAAGCUGCCUACCAGCACCUCUAAAGCUCACUGGUUAACAUGUUAUAUCUUUUGUUUAAUCCAUGAAAAAACCAAAGUGUAAAAACUACAUUUUUGGGUUUGUACAGGGGGAUAUGUGUGAGACUAUUUCUUGGCCAGGUACAACAACUCCCCAGAGGAGUUGUGGUGCACUUGCAACCUCACAGCAAUUAAGACUCCAAGAUUUAGUGAGCUUUGCUGUCAGUUCUUAUGCUAAGCUAAGCUAAUGGACUGCUAUCUGUAACUUCAUAUUUAGUGGACAGAUAUGAGAAUGGUAUCAAUCUUCUUUGCCCCACAAGACUAAGUGAAUAUGGUGAAUUAUCAGAGGGAAGAAGGAACAUAUACUUGGAUAAUGUUUCACAGAAUUCCCAUUUAAUGGCACUGAAGGAAAACAAUGCUGCACAGUGGCCUGUUUCACAAUGGGAAUUUGUGAGUAAAUGGUGGCGGCAUUCCGUGUCACUAAUGUUUUUUAGUUAAACAUAUAACAAUUUACACGAGAGAAAAUGGUGAUGACUGGCCCCAGUGUCAUGUUAGGCAUCAGAUAUGAAAUCAUCAAAGAGAAAAAAUAUUCACAAAAGGAAUCACAAAGCCAAAUAAGUUUUAGAAGCACAUGUGCAUGGUGGAUUGUGUAAUUUGCGGUAUAGGUCUAUACUUCACUGUGAGCUCCUUCAUCUUUUGAUCAUUCACUGUGGAAACCAGAAAGCCCUUUUACAUUCCACAGAUUUUGUGUUUACCUCAACUCUUUUUGAUUUCAGAAUGAAUGAUUCAAGGGUGAUGUAACAGCUGUUCACUGUAGAGCAAGGUAGCACAAGGGUGUUAAGUGAUGCUGUUUUCCUUCAAACGUUAAUACCCCGCUAACCAUGUGUGUGACAUCAAUAUUUAA